AGGAACGGUGCCUUCGUCACGUUUCCAAACAGGCGCCGCGGCCGAGGCAUCUUCAACUCGUGCCGACGUCUUCAGAAAUCCUCCUUUGUGGACGGCGACUUGUUUCUCAAUGCUGCGCAAAGUCUGACCAUCCCCCACAUCCUACCUCUAUCCUCGCUCUGCUCGCCAAGAUGCGGGCCAUACAGAUUAAAGAAUAUGUCAAAGGCCCGUCCGAUCUGAGAGUCACCGACGUUUCCGAGCCGAAACCGAAGCCCGAUCAAUACACCGUCCGCAUCCACGCCAGCGGAACCAACUUCUUCGACCUGCUGCAGAUCCAGGGCAAAUAUCAGACCCAGCCGCCCCUUCCGUGGAUCUCCGGCGCCGAGUUCGCGGGAGUGGUGACUGCUACGCCCGCGAAGCCUAAGAAUGGACAAGCGAAAUACAAGAAGGGCGACCGGGUGUUUGGCACCGCGCAGGGCGCCUACGCAGAGCAGCUAUGCGCGGCUGAGAGCCAGUUGAUGCCCAUUCCCAAGAGAUUCAGCUUUGUGGAAGGCGCGGGACUGUUCACAACCAUGGCCACCUCGUACGCAGGGCUCGUAACGAGAGCAAACAUCAAAGCGGGCGAUUGGGUAUUAGUGCAUGCUGCAGCCGGCGGUGUGGGCCUUGCGGCAGUCCAGAUUGCGAAGGCCUUUGGGGCCAAAGUGAUCGCCACCGCUGGAACCGCGCACAAGCUUGAAGUGGCAAAGCGUUUUGGCGCGGACUACGGCAUAAACUAUCGCGACGACAAGUGGUGGGACCAGGUACUGGCGCUGACUCCCAACAAGCGAGGUGUCGACAUCGUAUACGACCCUGUGGGCCUCAUCGACAAGUCGCUAAAAUGCAUCGCCUUCAACGGCCGGCUCGUCGUCAUCGGUUUCGUUGGGGGAACAUGGGAACAGAUCGCGACUAAUCGUAUUCUGUUGAAGAACAUCAGCGUGGUUGGACUGCAUUGGGGCGCGUACGCGAGAUAUGAGCCGGGGGAGAUAUCAAAUGUGUGGGAGCGUUUGUUUGAGCUUUUCGAGAGCGGCAAGGUGCGGGGGACCAUUUAUGAUGAGACCGAGUACGUUGGACUGGAGUCUGUUGGAAAGGCGCUCACGGCAUUGGGAAACAGGGAGACGUGGGGCAAGGUUGUGGUCAAGAUACCUCAAGAUGGGAGAAGCAAAUUGUAAGGGCAUAG